AUGACGGAUCGUGCUCGUUUGAUCUCGGCUUUUAUCACUCCCUUUGGACUAUUUGAGUGGAAUCGAAUGCCUUUUGGCUUGAAGAAUGCACCCCAAAUCUAUCAACGUAUGAUCGAUAACGCGUUAUAUGGGUUCACCCGGAUCCCGAAGUCCGAGGAUCACGGGAUUAUUGCGGAUGUAUUUGAGGACAGGGAACCGGUGGAUCCAGGUAGGCCUUCGGUGCUUGGUCGCAGAUCAUAUAUCGAUGACAGCCUGAUCCCCGCUAAUAGUUGGGAUCAACUAUGUGAUCGAGUCGAGGGGUUGCUCGAAGCAUGUGACGAAUGGAACCUGUCGAUCAGCGUGGUUAAAAGUUUCUGGGGGAUGCCCAAGGUGGAAUACCUUGGCCAUAAGGUCUCGCACAGCGGGCUGGAGACGAACCCGAAAAUUUUGUCUGCAUUAACUGAUCUAGCCUUUCCAGGAUCACUAAGAGCUAUGCAAUCAUUUCUGGGGAGUCUGAACUAUUAUAGUCGAUUUAUCGAAGACUACGCGAUCUACGCGUCGGUUUUGUACGAAGAUCAGAUCAUUCCAGCCGACUCAGAAUCAGUUGAUCUGAGUCUAUCGGACUUUCUCCGAUCUGGAUCCAUCAUAGUCACUGCAGAUCCAGGCAUAACUGUCGUCCCACUUCAUCCGGUCAUUUCCUGUCUGCAAUUUCUCGGAUUUUACUUCACCACAGCUACCACUCCGAUCUUACGACACUUUGACCCAGAUCGGAAGGCCACAGUGGUAGUGUACGCUAGCGAUUGGGCCAUCUCGGAGGCAUUGAUGGAAGAAUACGACCAGAUCUACUAUCCUGUGACGUUUGCCAGCCGUACUCUGAAGUCGAAUGAGCUGAAUUACGGCAUUGCGGAGAAGGAGAUUCCUGGAUCUCAAUUACAAUACGUUGGUCGGACGUCCGAUCCGUGUGUUAACCCGACACUCAACAUUGGCGUGGCUCUUCAGAUCCACGGCCUUACAAGGACGUUUAGGACAAUGGGCGGCUCUGUUGUCGGACACUUGAGAUCACCAACCAGUAUCACUCCUAGAUCAGAAGUGGAUAAGGCGUUGAUCUCAAUCGCGCCCAAGAAGGAGCCAAGACGCAAGAUCCAAGCUCCGAUCCCCACCAUCGGACGAGAUGAGGAACUAUAUGUCGUCAGUUUUGAUGGAUUAGCCCGUGCCAAGCGGGGUGGAGGCGCCUACAGCGCGAUC